ACAGGGGCAGACCGUGCACGGUGGCCCGGCCCUUCCCGCGGGUCCUCGGGUAAAAGAAGAGGCUGGUUUCCGCGGCAGGGGCGGCGGGCCUGAGUCGGGCUGCGCAGCCUGCAGCCCCUGCCCGACGCGGGCCGCCACCCGCGGGCCGUUCCCGGUUGUUGGCCCCACGGGCUUGGAGCGGGCUCCUUCCCCGGCGCGCUGCGGCUGUCCUCGCCGCCCCGCGGGAGGAGCCGCGGGCCGCCGUGACGCGUCAGGGAGGAAACGCCAGCGCCUGGCGGCCCUGCCGGGAAGGAGGAAGCGCGAGCGCGCUCGACUCGGCGCCCGCGGCGCCGGGAGGCAGCACCGCUGAGCUGGGUUGCAUGAUGGAAUUUGAACAUUACUUCAAGAGGUUUCAUGUUUUGGAUUAGUUAAUUGUGCUCAUCCUCUGUUGAUUAUUUCUUCGGACUCAUUUUUUGGUUUUUUUGGUGUCCUUUUGAGUCAUUAAACACAAAGAAAUCAUAUCAUGGACUACAAAGAAAACUGCCCAAGUGUAAGCAUUCCCAGCUCUGAUGAACACAGAGAGAAAAAGAAGAGGUUUACUGUUUAUAAAGUUCUUGUCUCUGUGGGGAGGAGUGAAUGGUUUGUCUUCAGGAGAUAUGCAGAGUUUGACAAACUUUACAACACUUUGAAGAAGCAGUUUCCUGCUAUGGCCCUGAAGAUUCCUGCCAAGAGAAUAUUUGGUGAUAAUUUUGAUCCAGAUUUUAUUAAACAAAGGAGAGCAGGACUGAAUGAAUUCAUUCAGAACUUAGUUAGGUACCCAGAGCUUUACAACCAUCCAGAUGUCAGAGCAUUCCUUCAAAUGGAUAGCCCAAAACAUCAGUCAGAUCCAUCUGAAGAUGAGGAUGAAAGAAGUACUCAGAAGCUACACUCUACCUCACAGAACAUCAACCUGGGACCAACUGGAAAUCCUCAUGCUAAGCCAACUGACUUUGAUUUUUUAAAAGUUAUUGGAAAAGGCAGCUUUGGCAAGGUUCUUCUUGCAAAACGGAAAAUGGAUGGAAAAUUUUAUGCUGUCAAAGUAUUACAGAAAAAAAUAGUUCUCAACAGAAAAGAGCAAAAACAUAUUAUGGCCGAACGUAAUGUACUCUUGAAAAAUGUGAAACAUCCAUUUUUGGUUGGAUUACAUUAUUCUUUCCAAACAACCGAAAAACUUUAUUUUGUUCUGGAUUUUAUUAAUGGAGGGGAGCUGUUUUUUCACUUACAAAGAGAACGGUCCUUUCCCGAACACAGAGCAAGGUUUUAUGCUGCUGAAAUUGCCAGUGCAUUGGGUUACUUGCACUCCAUCAAAAUAGUGUACAGAGACUUAAAACCAGAAAAUAUUCUUUUGGAUUCAGUGGGACAUGUUGUCUUAACAGAUUUUGGGCUUUGUAAAGAAGGAAUUGCUAUUUCUGAUACUACCACCACUUUUUGUGGAACUCCAGAGUACCUUGCACCCGAAGUAAUCAGAAAACAGCCCUAUGACAACACUGUAGAUUGGUGGUGCCUUGGUGCUGUUCUGUAUGAAAUGCUGUAUGGAUUGCCUCCUUUUUACUGCCGAGAUGUUGCUGAAAUGUAUGAUAAUAUUCUUCACAAACCUCUAAGUUUGAGACCAGGAGUAAGCCUCACAGCCUGGUCCAUUCUGGAAGAACUCCUAGAAAAAGACAGACAAAAUCGACUUGGGGCCAAAGAAGACUUUCUUGAAAUUCAGAAUCAUCCUUUUUUUGAAUCACUCAGCUGGACUGACCUUGUACAAAAGAAGAUUCCACCACCAUUUAAUCCUAAUGUGGCUGGACCAGAUGAUAUUAGGAACUUUGACACAGCAUUUACAGAGGAAACAGUUCCAUAUUCCGUGUGUGUGUCUUCUGACUAUUCCAUAGUGAAUGCCAGCGUCCUGGAGGCUGAUGAUGCAUUUGUUGGUUUCUCAUAUGCACCUCCUUCAGAAGACUUAUUUUUGUGAACAGUUUGCUAUUCAGAAACUGUCAUGCAAAUACAAGACUACGGAUGGGACUGAGACUCCUAUUUUUGUGAAUAUAUUCAAAUAUGUAUAACAGUGCCUCAUUUUUACAUGUAAUGUUGAAAACUAUGAAAAAUGUAUUUUCUGCUGUAUGCAAGAAAAUAGGGCAUUUCAAAGAGCUGUUUUGGAUUAAAAUUUGUAUUCUUGUUUAUUAAGCUUAUUUUUAAACAGAAAAUUUAAAAACUGUUAUUCUUAGCAUUAACCUAUUUUUAAAGAGAACUUUUUUGCUAUUGACUGUUCUUUUUCCCUCUUAAGUUUACACUAACACCCAAGAUAGACUGUUUUUUAACAGUCUAUUUCAAUUCAUUUAACUUAUAUUAAUACCUUUGUAACUCUACUAUGAUUUUUAUUAUCAAAUCAGAACUAUGCAAUUGGUACUUGGUGUUUAAGAAGAAACCAUCUUUCCAUGAGAAACCACUAUUUGAAAUAAUUGGGUAAAAAUGUAAAAGCAUAAUUAACAUAUUGGCUGCUAGUUAAUACUAAAUAAUUGUUCAUUUUACAGACAAUAAAAUAAGAAACAAAGGGAAGUCAUUUGCUUUUGAAAUACCGGUUCAAAUUUGUGAAUUAUUUUUCAUCUACAGGAAAAUUAAAAAUUUAAUGGUUUGAAAUUUUAAGAAUUCCCAAAGAUCUGGAGGUUAAUAAAGUACUGCCAGAAUUUUUUUCUUAGGUGGUGCCAAAAAUGAAUGUCUCUGCAUCAUAUAUUUAUAUUACAAAUAUAUUCUAUUUAUGUUCCUUUUGGUUUUUUUUAAUGUUUAAUAUACUGUUAAAUCUAAAUCUUGGUAUUUACUUUUGCAAAUAGCUAUUUAAAAACUAUCUUCCUAUUUGGUUACAUAAAAAGAAAUGUGUAGCUCUCUAGAAUAUUUACCUGAUUGGGAAUUAGAGUAAAAUUACAAAUCUGGGUCAGUGUAAAUGAAUGUAGUUUAACUACACUGUAAUAAAAAUUAAAAGUAAUUCAGGCAGGUGCAUACUCACUAUCUUUUUAAAAAUUUUCUUUGGUGGUACUGGGGAUCAAACCAAGGGCCUCAUGCCCAGCACUGCUGUACCACUGAGCUACACCCCAAAUUCUCCAAUAUUUGUAUGUACCUUAGAAAAAAGUAAGGAAACUGACCUUAAAAUCAUAGCAUACUAGUAAUUUGUAUAUUUGUAAUGCUAAAAAUGAAUAGCUAUAGAAAAAACAAAAAAGAAUGCUUAACUUGGAAUUCUGGUUCUUAGAGUGGUGGAUUUUCAAGUCAUGUAGGAAGCAGUAUUGUGAGAGUUUAGUCACCCCUCAGUUUAGAUGUCUCUAAGAAUAAACUUCCCUUCCUUGCAUUCUUUUGAGAAAGAAAUCACAAAAGCAUUUCUCACCAAUACCCUUUGGCUCAUUGUUCAACAGAAUGGGGAAGGAGGAGAUGCUUUUGUUCAGUUAAUAAUAUUUGCAUUCAAUACACUGAAUCUUCCUUUAGAAGGUCAAUUUAAUAUCUACACUGUAAAUAUUUGGUUGGUUUGGCACUACUGUAAGUUCUGCUUUUACACAAAGCUCUUUGUGAUAAACCAAAACAAAAAUUGUAGUUUCUUGUAUGAUUUUUUAAAUUCAGAUGCUCUUUAAUUAAACUACCAAAAGUUAAAGUUCAAUAUUGUAUAUUUUAAAGAACAAAUUUAGAAUAGAAUUUUGUUUCUCAGAUCACAAGAAAUACAAAUUGACAUAGUAUAAUAAAAUUAGAAAAAAGAUUAAUGCCUGUCAUUAUUUGAAAUUAAAAUUGGAAAUGAUUACAACAGUCUUUACAAAUAUGUGGGAAAGAAAAUUAUAAACUUUUA